CAGGAGAAAGAGCAGAUGAAGACUCUCAACAACCGCUUUGCUUUGUUAAUUGACAAGGUUCGCCUUCUGGAGCAGCAGAACAAAAUGCUGGAGACUAAGUGGAGCCUGACGCAGGAGCAGACGGCCCGCCCCUCCAACAUUGAAGCCAUGUUCGAGGCUUACCUCAUGAACCUGCGCAGACAUGUGGACGGGCUCGGCAGGGAGAAAAUAAAGCUGGAUGGAGAGCUGCAGAACAUGCAGGGACAGGUGGAAGACUUCAAGACAAAGUAUGAAGAUGAAAUCGACAAGCGUGCCGCUGAGGAGAAUGACUUUGUGCUCCUGAAGAAGGAUAUGGAUGCCGCCUACACGAACAAGAUUAAGCUUGAAGCCAAGGCUGAUUCCCUCCAGGAUGAGAUUAACUUCCUCAGAGCUGUUUAUGAUGUAGAACUGCAGCACUUUCAACAACAGUUUAAGAACACUGAAGCCACUGUGAUAAUGGACAACAACCGAAAACUGGACAUGGACGCCAUUGUGGCUGAGGUCAAGGCUCAGUAUCAGGCCAUCGCGGACCGCAGCCGUGCUGAAAUUGAAUUAUGCUAUACGCAGAAGUUCGAGGAGAUGAAGACCAGUGCAGACCAGACCGGAGAUGACCUCCGCAGAUCUAAGCAAGAGAUUUCUGAACACAACCGCCUGAUCAGCCGCCUCCAGAGUGAGAUUGAGGCAAUUAAAGGACAGUGUGCCAACCUGGAAGUCCAGAUCAUUGAGGCUGAGGAGCGUGGAGAGCUGGCUGUGAAAGAUGCCAAGGCCCGCAUAAAGGACUUGGAUGUGGCCCUGCAGAAAGCCAAAGAGAGCAUGGCCCACCAGGUCCGCGAGUACCAGGAGCUCAUGAACAUCAGACUGGCCCUGGACAUUGAGAUUGCCACCUACAGGAAGCUUCUGGAGGGAGAGGAACUUAGACUUGAAGGUGGGGGAGGAGAGGCAACUGUCCACAUACAGAGCGUUAGCAGCAGCGGUAGUGGUGGUUACGGUGGCUUUGGCAGCAUCACGGCCAGGAGCGGUGGCAGCAGCAACGCCUUUGGCGAGGCCACGUCAGCCACUAACGGGCCCUAUGACCGCAUCACAGUCACCUCCUGAAGAACAACCAGCAGCUCUAUCCUCACUUUCCAUAAACAGCAGUUGUCUUUCUCUCCAUUGUCCUCCAUCCCUCAUUCCAUUCUCCUUCUCUUGUCCCUCCCCUCUCCCUGAAAACCACUCAAAGCUUCCAUAAAUCCCCUCACCGCAUCCUCAGAAACAUUUGCCUUUAACAAUUUUAAGCUGUCAGAUCCAUGUAAUAAUGCAGCUUUCUUUGGAAUUACUGUGCCAAUGCAACUUUUUGGCAGCACAAGUAGAGGCAGAGAAAAUAUUAGAACAGAAACAACGAGCAGCAGAGAUAACAGGCAGCCCUCUCUUCCUUUAAUCAGUCAGCGUGACUGUCUUUUGGUUGCUGGAUCUGCUGUCACGCAGACAAUAGGAUAGCCUAGUUGUAGUGUCAUGGCAGAGAAUCCUUAUGGCAACAAUCGCUGCACACAAAAUGCCAAUAGCAGUCUUUGAUAUGCACAGAGGGAGGUCUGAAUGUUGUGGUUGGUCUUGAAUUUAUAAAGCAAACAUGGCAUAACUGCUCUUUUCUGUAAAGUCUCUGCUGUUGUCUCACAUCUGUCGUUUUGUUGUGCAUUUAACCACCACCAGAAGCAGUCACAUGUUACACUUUCAUAUUUGACUUCUGGGUACCUCUUUUUCUUUUGCUCUGAGAAAAAAUGAGCUCUCCACUGGUGUUUUGAUGCUCCUGUACCUCAAUUUCCACUCUGAAUAAAAAAUAAA